AUGCUUGAAUACAAAUUGCCCCAAAAAUAGUUAUUAGCAUAACUUCAUUUAAUUUAGUGGUAGCCACUUAAUUUAUUUAUUAUCUAAUAUUAAUUUUCUAGCCUCUCAUUAAUUGGAAUUUAUCUUGGAUCNACUUAUGGAUAGGAAAUAAUAGCUGUUCUUUAUUUUAACUUAGAUUAAAUAAAGACAGUAAAUAUGGUUGAAUAUCCAAAGAUAUCAGAGAUAUUAGCAGAUACAGGUUCAAUUAUAUCUUGGAUUCUUUCAAUAUCAUGUAUAGUAUCUAAAUACAAUGAAAAUUUAAGUGUUGAAAAAACUUAGAAAGAUAUAAUAACAAUGUACUAUCAUGAUUUUAAUGAUUUUAUUAUUUAGAAGAAUUGGAUGGGUCAUAUUAUAAAGGUUAAUUAUAAAGGAAAAGAAUAUGAUCUCAAAAAAUCAGAAGAAAUUAUCAAUAAAUUAGAUACUAUUGCUAUUAAAAAAAUGAAUUACUUAAAUCUAUAAAAUGAAGUAGCCAAGUAAUUAUUUUAUUGUAUUCUAUUAGAUUAUAAUUAAUCUUAUAAGAACAUUUAGGAGUUCAAUAAAUUAAAAAAUAUUUAUAAUCCUAAUAUAAAUUAGAAUCAUUAUUUGAUAAAUUAGGAAUACCUGAUAUUAAUUAUUAGAGUUCUUUAAACUAGAUAGUAAACUAUACUUAAAUAUUAAUAGUUACCUUAAAUUGAUGAACAACUUGUCUAAAAUUCAUAAAUUUAACCUGAAAUAUUAAAUGACUCUACAAACAAUAAGGAUAAAACCCUAGCAUUAGAAUUACAGGAAAGAAUGUAAAUCUUAGACCUUUAGGUGCAUUAAAAUCCUACAGCAAGUAUUUUUAGUAAUGAUUGA